UUAGUUGAGUUUUGCAUGCGGCGCGUUCAACAACGAGGCAAAAAGCGUAACGCGAUUCGGUUCAUUUUUUUCAUUAAUUUUUGUUGUUGUUUAUUUAUUUACUUACUAUUUUUUUUUUAAUUUGUGUUCGGGCAUCUCGACAACAACAACAACAACGGGAUAUAAAGUGAAUAUUUAUUUGAUUGUGCCGUGUUCUGUGUGCCAAAGCAUCGCAGCAUGCUGAAGGCGCAUUGAUGGUCCUUGCAUACAAAUGACGAAUUAUGAGAAUCUUAUAAAUUUGCCAUUAAAUUUUAAUGCAAAUAAUCAUGCAAAUAAUAAUGAGAACAAUGGCAAAAUUGCUGUUGGCGAGCAGCUAUUGAAUAAGAUGUCGCAGCGGGACUUCUCCGAGAACGAGCCGGAGUGCACGCCGGAGCUGCCCGCUGCGAACCGAGCGCUCUUCUUGGAGAAGGUGCGCCAGUCGAACGCCGCCUGCCAGAGCGGCGACUUUGCCACCGCGGUGCUGCUCUACACGGACGCACUGCAGCUGGAUCCGGGCAAUCAUAUACUCUACAGCAACCGCUCGGCGGCGCGGCUCAAGCAGGGACAGUUCGCGGCGGCGCUGCAGGAUGCGACGCAGGCGCGUGAGCUGUGCCCGCAGUGGCCCAAGGCGUACUUCCGACAAGGCGUGGCGCUGCAGUGCCUGGGCAGGUACGGCGAGGCGUUGGCCUCCUUUGCCGCCGGCCUGGCCCAGGAGCCGACCAACAAGCAGCUGCUGGCGGGCCUGGUGGAGGCCUCGCUGAAGAGUCCGCUGCGCGCCGCCCUGGAGCCGACGCUGCAGCAGCUGCGCGCCAUGCAGCUGCACGAGUCGCCGUUCGUGGUCAGCUCCGUGGUGGGGCAGGAGCUGUUGCAGGCCUCGCAGUACCAGGCGGCGGUGGCCGUCCUGGAGGCGGCCCUGCGCAUCGGCAGCUGCUCGCUGAAGCUGCGCGGCUCCGUCUUCAGUGCAUUGAGCUCGGCGCACUGGGCGCUCAAUCAGCUGGACCAGGCCAUUGGGUACAUGCAGCAGGAUCUGGCGGUGGCCAAGUCCCUGGGCGACACGGCCGGUGAGUGCCGCGCCCACGGCAACCUCGGCUCCGCCUACUUCAGCCAGGGCGCCUACAAGGAGGCCCUCACCGCGCACCGCUACCAACUGGUGCUGGCCAUGAAGUGCAAGGAUACGCAGGCGGCCGCCUCGGCCCUCACCUCGCUCGGGCACGUGUACACGGCCAGCGGCGACUACCCCAACGCCCUGGCCUCCCACAAGCAGUGCGUGCAGCUGUUCAAGCAGCUCGGCGACCGGCUGCAGGAGGCGCGUGAGAUCGGCAACGUGGGCGCCGUCUACCUGGCGCUGGGCGAGUGCGAGGCGGCCCUCGACUGCCACACGCAGCACCUGCGGCUGGCGCGCAAGCUCCACGAUCAGGUGGAGGAGGCGCGCGCCUACUCCAACCUCGGCUCCGUCCACCAUCAGCGGCGGCAGUUCGGCCAGGCGGCCGCCUGCCACGAGCAGGUGCUGCGCAUAGCCCAGACCCUGGGCGACCGGAGCAUCGAGGCGCGCGCCUACGCGGGACUGGGACAUGCGGCGCGCUGCGCCGGCGAUGCGGCCGCCUCGAAGCGCUGGCACGAGCGCCAGCUGGCCAUGGCGCUGGCGGCACGCGACAAGCUGGGCGAGGGACGCGCCUGCUCCAACCUGGGCAUCGUCUACCAGCUGCUGGGCGCCCACGACGCGGCGCUGAAGCUGCACCAGGCGCAUCUGGGCAUUGCGCGCGCCCUGGGCGACCGGGCGGGCAUGGGGCGGGCCUACGGCAACAUGGGCAACGCCCAUGCGGCGGCCGGCGCCUACGAGGCGGCCGUCAAGUACCACAAGCAGGAGCUGGCCAUCAGCCAGGCCGUCAACGACCGCAGCGCCGAGGCGGCCACCCACGGCAAUCUGGCGGUGGCCUACCAGGCGCUGGGCGCCCACGAUGCGGCCCUGGCGCACUACCGCGCUCACCUGGCCACCGCCCGCUCGCUGAAGGAUGCGGCGGGCGAGGCCUGUGCGCUGCUCAAUCUCGGCAACUGCCUCAGCGCUCGGCAGAUGUACGCCGAGGCGGUGCCGCACUACGAGAGCUACCUGAUGCUCGCCCAGGAGCUGGGCGACGUCGCUGCGGAGGGCAAGGCCUGCCACCUGCUGGGCUAUGCCCACUACUGUCUGGGCAACUACCGGGCCGCCGUGCGCUACUACGAUCAGGAUCUGGCCCUGGCCAAGGACGCCCAGCACCGGCCGCACAUGGGGCGCGCCUACUGCAAUCUGGGCCUGGCCCACCUCGCGCUGGGACACACAGCCGCCGCCCUGGAGUGCCAGCAGCUCUUCCUGGCCGUGGCCCACGCAACGGGCCAGCUGCCGGCCAAGUUCCGGGCGCUGGGCAACAUAGGCGACAUCCUCAUCCGCACCGGGGCCCACGAGGAGGCCAUCAAGCUGUACCAGCGCCAGCUGUCGCUGGCCAGGUCGGCCGGCGAGCGCGCCAUGGAGGCGGCCGCCUGCGGAGCUCUGGGCUUGGCGCACCGCCUCCUGCGGCGCUGGGACAAGGCGUUGGGGCAUCACACGCAAGAGCUGACGCUGCGCCAGGAGCUGGGCGAUCUGGCCGGCGAGUGUCGCGCCCAUGGACAUCUGGGCGCCGUGCACAUGGCGCUCUGCAGCUGGACGCACGCCGUCAAGUGCUACCAGGAGCAGCUGGAGCGCGCCCAGGAGCAACGGGACGCAGCUGUCGAGGCACAGGCGCACGGGAAUCUGGGCAUUGCUCGACUCAACAUGGCACACUAUGAGGCGGCCAUUGGCUGCCUGGAGGCGCAGCUGGGCACCUUGGAGCGCGUCUCGCUGCCCUCGACGCAAGCGGAUCGCGCCCGGGCGCUGGGCCACCUGGGCGAUUGCUAUGCCGCCCUGGGCGACUACGAGGAGGCGCUAAAGUGCCACGAGCGGCAGCUGCAGCUGGCGCUGGGCCUGGCCAGCCAUCGGGAUCAGGAGCGCGCCUAUCGCGGCCUCGGACAGGCGCGACGCGCCCUCGGCCAGCUCUCGGCGGCGCUGGUCUGCCUGGAGAAGCGUCUGGUCGUCGCCCACGAGCUGCACAGCCCCGAGAUCAAGGCGCUCGCCUAUGGCGACCUGGGCCAUGUCCACGCAGCGCUCGGCAAUCAUGCCCAGGCGCUGAACUGCUUGGAGCAUCAGCGGGAGCUGGCGCGCGGCCUGCAGGAUCGCGCCCUCGAAUCGGAUGCGAUGUGCGCCCUGGGACAGGUGCAGCAGCGCAUGGGACACUACGCGGAGGCGCUGCAGCUGCACGAGCAGGAUCUGCAGCUCUGCACGGAGCUGGCGGCGCCGGCCUUGCAGGCGCGCGCCGUGGGCAAUCUGGGCGCCGUUCACGAGGCGCUGGGACAGCAGCAGGAGGCGCUCAAGUGCUACGAGCGCCAGCUGGCGCUCAGCACCGAUCGACUGGGCAAGGCGCUGGCCUGCGGCGCCCUGGGGCGGGUGCACCACCAGCUGGAGCAGCAUGCACAGGCGGUGGAGUACCUGCGGCAGGGAUUAGCCAGUGCGCAGUCCAUUGGCAAGUCAGAGGAGGAGGCCAAGAUAAGACAUCAACUGGGUCUUGCUCUGCGUUCCUCUGGCGACGCUGAGGGCGCUCGCAUACAACUGGAAACGGCGGCACAGCUGCUGGAGUCCGUACGGCAGGAGCAGCGCAGCCCGGAGGCGCGUCUCGCCCUCUACGAGCUGCAGACGAGCUGCUACCAUCUGCUGCAGCAGCUGCUCGUGGCGCUGCAGCGCAGCGAGGAUGCACUGGUCGCUGCCGAGCGCUGCAAGGCGCGCAACGGCGCCGACGCUGCAGUCGGCUGUGAUGGAAAGGGCACUGGGACAACGGCGAACGGCACGGCGGACAUCGAGGCCAUUCUGGAGGCAGUGAAUCGGGGCCGCAUGCCCGUGCUCUACUACAGCCUGGCCGGGGAGCAGCUCUAUGCGUGGCUGCUGCAGCCACAGGCGGGCAUUGUGCGCUUCCAUGCGGCGCGCAUCGAUGCGCAGACGCUGCAGCUGCCGCUGUCGCUCAGCGAGUGCCAUGAGGAGGAGGAGGAGGACGAGCAGCAGUCGGAGCAGCAGAAGCAGCAGCGUGAGGACGAUUCUGAACCAGCGGGCCAGCAGCUGCUGGAGCGCUAUGUGAACAUGGUGCGCGACAAUCUGGGCGUCAACUCGCAGAACCUGCUGCACGAGGGCGACGGCAGUGGAUGGCGCGCCAGCAGCGAGCAGCUGCUGGAGGAUCUGCCCGGAGCAGGGGCCGGCGGUGGCGGCUUUCUGCGCAUGGUCAGUCGCAAUCAGCUGCUGAACUCGUCCAACUACUCGCUCAGCUCGCUCUUCUCGCUGGGCUCCGUGGCCAGCCUCCAGGGCUCCACACGGUCGGUGGGCAGCCGCAGCUCCCGGCGAGCACCCGCGCCGCCCGCCUGGCGCGGCCCCGCCUGCCUGCACACGCUCUACAACCUGCUGCUGGCGCCCUUCGACGAUCUGCUGCCCAGUGGCGCCAGCGUCUCGCGGCAGGGCAGACGCGAGCUCAUCCUGGUGCUGGACAGCGCCCUCUACCUGGUGCCAUUCGCCAUAUUGCGCGCAGCCGGCGACGACGGCGAGUAUCUCUCGGAGCGCUGCGCUCUGCUAACGGCGCCCUCGCUGCAGGCGCUGCGCGGCCGUUCCAGGAGCCGGCGCGAUCGUGGACGCCCGCCCACGGCGUUGGUCGUCGGCGGACCACGCGUGCCCGCCGCCUUGGCGGAGCGCUGGGGCUGGGCGGGCGCCGAGUCACCGGCGGCAUUGCAGGAGGCCGCCAUGGUGGCGGACAUGCUGCAGGCCAAUGCUCUGGCCGGCUGCAAUGCCACCAAGGAGUCGGUGCUGGCCGAGCUGCCCGGCGCCGAGUGCGUGCACUUUGCCGCCAAUCUCAGCUGGAAACUGGGCGCGGUGGUGCUCAGCCCAGGCGAUGUGGUCACCGCCGAGCAGCAGCAGCAGAAGGAGCCGCACGAGCCGCAGCUCUCGGACUUCACACUGGCCGCCUCGGAGCUGCGCCACCUGCGCCUCGGCGCCCGCCUGGUCGUGCUCAGCUCCUACCAAUCAGUGGAGCCCAUAACGGGCAGCGGCGUUGCCCAACUGGCCGGCGGCUGGCUCCUGGCCGGCGCCGGCGCAGUGCUCAUCUCGCUCUGGCCCGUGCCCGAGACGGCAGCCAAAAUCCUGCUGCGCGCCUUCUACUCGGCCCUGCUGCAGGGUGCACGAGCGGCACGCGCCUUGGCCGAGGCCAUGCAGACGGUGCAGCACACAAAGCACUUCGCCCAUCCCGCCAACUGGGCCGGCUUCCUGCUGGUGGGCGCCAAUGUGCGUCUGUCGAACAAGGUGGCUCUGUUGGGCCACGCCCUGUGCGAGCUGCUGCGCACGCCGGAGCGCUGCCGGGAUGCGCUGCGCGUGUGCCUGCAUCUGGUGGAGAAGAGUCUGCAGCGGAUACAUCGCGGCCAGAAGAACGCCAUGUACACCACCCAGCAGAGCAUUGAGAACAAAGCCGGGCCGGUGGCCGGCUGGAAGGAUCUGCUAAUGGCCGUCGGCUUUCGCUUUGAGCCGGCCGCGAAUGGGAUACCCUCGAGCGUGUUCUUCCCGCAAACGGACCCGGAGGAGCGACUCUCGCAGUGCUCGGCCAGCCUGCAGGCGCUGCUGGCCCUGACGCCCGCCACGCUGCAGGCGCUGGCCAAGCUGGUGAACAGUGCGGAGCACGCGGAUGACAUUAUAGCCGUCGUGCGCAACAUCCUGGCCCAGUUCCCGGCCAAGCCGGAGGCCGAGGCCUGCAUCGAGAUGCCGUUGAGCGUGCGGCUGUGGCGCGUGGCCGGCUGCCACGAGCUGCUCGCCUCGGUGGGCUUCGACCUGACGGAGGUGGGCGCGGACCAGGUCAUCUUGCGCACCGGCAAGCAGGCCAAUCGCCGUCACUGCCAGUUCGUGCUGCAGGCGCUGCUCGCGCUCUUCGAUACCCAUGAGGCGCCCAAGAGCCUCAGCCUGGACUCGUCCGCCCACAGCAGCAGCAGCAGCUGCGAGUCCCUGGCGGAGCCGGAGCUCACCACGCCACCCGUGCAGCCGGCCGCCUCGAAUGGGAACAGCUCCACGCCGGCCACGGCCACCAGCUCCACGCAGUCGCCGCUGCCGCUGCAUCCGCGCAGCGCCUUCAUCUCGUACGUGCGGCGCCGCGGCGAACCGGAUGGCGGCGGCGGCCUGGACUCCAGCCUGGCCAACACCACGGACAGCGAGCACUCGCUCUCCGACGGCUAUGCCACCCAGGCGGGCAACAGCCAGCCGGCCCCGCGCCUGGGCUAUGCCAGCCUGCGCGGUCCGGUGCGCGUCUCGCGGCCCGGCGGCGGCGGCGAGAGCGAUGCGGCCUUCACGCCCAGUCCGCCGGUGACCGAUCCCAGCCUAUCGCUGGCCUUGGCUCACCAGACGCGCAUCCGCUGCCUGUACGCCCAGCCGAGCGCAGUUGCUCCCUCGACUGCGCCGCUGCCCAAUACGAGCCGACGACCCGACAGCUCCAGCUCAGCCAGCAGCACGACCACGGACUGGGAGGGCUCCGGGCAUGCAACAGUGCUGCGCCGUGGAGCCGCUGCUGGCGCCCAACAGCAGCAUCAGCAGCAACAGCAACUGGCGACGCAACAGCAGCAGCAGCAACCGCCGCUGCCGCCGCCCCGCCCACCCGUCUAUCAUAAUUUGGGCGCGGGCGGACGCAGCAAGCCGAAGAUCAAGCUGGGCAGCGCGCAGAGCUCGCUGGCGGCACGAGUGAACAAGGAGCACGCUCUAUUCAUGGACAGACUGAGCGUGCGCACCGAGCUGAAUGCUCCAGCGGUGGCCCAUGGAGCAGCGGGCGGAGUGGGUGGCGUCGCCGGCAGCGGUGUGGCAGUGGCCGGUGGAGGACAGCGCAAGACGCUGACGCUGACGGAGGAGGAGGCUGCCAGCGUGGCCUUCAAUCCGUCCAGCCUGUACUUCUCGCCGGCCGACAGCGAGCUGCUGGGCGAGCCCAAGCAGCCGAUGGAGGAGACGCCGGUGAAGCCGAGCGCCAAGUGCAUCCAGGACAGCAUCAUGCGGCACAUGAAUCGUGAGCUAACGCCCAGCAUCUCGGAGCUGUACCAUGAGCGCAACUUGGGCCUGGGCCUGGCGCCGCCGCUCUCCAAGCUGCUGCUCAAUCCCAACUACGAGGAGCAGGAGGUGACCGCCAUGGUCGAGGCCAACAAUCCAUCCGCUGGCAAUGCGGCCGCCAUCAAAACCCUCGUGGAUGCAGUCAACGAGCUGGAGCUGAGCGGCAGCUCCUCCGGCGCCACAAUACCAACCGUGGUCGGUGGCGGCGUCGGCGGUGGCGAAUCGGAAACCAAUCCAGUCUCCGGCGUCGUCGACACCGAACGCUUCUGCUCCAUCUGCGGCGAGCACGCAGACGUUGUCUGCCGCUGCAAGGCGGCCACCAUGCAGAAGAAGUCCACCCUGAAGCCCUGGCUGAGCAAUGUGCCCGCCAGCAGCCUCGUCCAGGCCAGCGAGCUGACCACCGCGGACAUACUGGAGCGCCGUCUGGAGACGGUGGCAGCCACCAGUGCUGCCCCCUUCACCGCCGAGCUCUGUCGCCGCGACGAGGGCGACGGUCGCUCCGUGGCCGACUCCCAGUGCAGCAGCAACUACAAACGCGUCCUGGCCACCGCCGGCGCCGUCGGCCUGGUGGUUGGCAUCGGCGCUGGCGAUGCGGAGGCCCAGAACACGACAUCUCCGGCCACCUGCUCAGCGGCGCGACUCGUCUAGAUGCCAGAGAUACCCCAACCCACCACUUGCCACAUGCCACAUGCCACAUUCCGCUCUUCAACUGAUAUUAGAUUCUAGCGUACAUCUAUCUAUAGGCUUAAUCGGAGACACCCUGUACUGAUCAUCGUAGCGUUAGUUAUUGCAUUUUAUUUAUUUAUUUAUACAGAAUAUGCGUCAGCAUUAGCUUAAUAGGGCCUGCUUAGACACACACACCCACACACACACACACACAUGCGUUCUGGCAUUUGUAAUUUGUAAUGUUUCAACGAAGCCACAGACUAAAUUUUAUGCAUUUAUGUGAAACGUAUCUUAGUAGAAUCCAUUUGUAUAGUUCAGCGGAGAUAUCUAUGAUUAAGUGCAAAUAAAUAUGAAUUUACAU